AUGUCGCAUUUCCUGGUGGCUGGUGAUCCCGAGACCUGGUCUCUGCCAUCGGAGAGUGUCGUGCAGGUGGAUCUGCGUCCCGGGGAUCCAGAGCCCCGGCGACCCGAAACGCGGAGGUCCGGCAGCUUGAGCGAUGAAGGCCUCCGUGGAAUGGGUAGCCAUUGGGCUAGCAACUCAACGGAGGCAGAUUUUGAGUUGAGCUUCAAGACUUCCAGGACACUGCUCCCAAGCAUUGCACAGGGUAAUCCAGAGCUGAAGGAAAAGGGCAUUCUCGGCCUGGCUGGGUUUCUGGACAAGGUGAUCAGCAUGGUUGGCUUUGGAAUGCUCUUUCUUGCGGCUAUUCCGGUUGGAUGUUACUCUGCCUUGGGGACCUUGAGAGACAUUCGGGACCUGGAGCCGCAAUUGAAGCAGUUCGAUGUUGAGCGCUCUGAGUGCUUUUGCUGUUCCAACGAUCAUAGGCAUCCAGACACUGGCCAGAAAUUGCGUUGUGACCGACGCUUGGUCUUCCACACCUUGAAAGGGUGGUAUGGGGAAGCUGGGGACAGCGCUGAUGAGCAUCUCAAACGCUUUAACUCGACCGUGCAAACCAGCCUACGCGACAAAGUUUUGGAAGGCGCGGAUUCGGUGAUCUUUCCGAUCCGCGUCGUAGCGUGUAUGACUGUUGCUGCUUGUGCACCGUGGUUUUGCGAUUCAUUGGCUUGGGCAAAGGCAUUUUGUCUUUUUCAGGAAGAGCUGGGCCCGUUCUCUGCUGCAUGGAGGUGUUUGGCUGUGGUGACACGUGAGUGGUCCAGGUUCUUUGCAGUCUUCCUUUUCCCCUAUGCUCUGGUGAAGCUGUGCAAGCUUGGCUUACCUCUUAUGGCGAAGAUGUCGCAACUAAAAGCAUCCCUCUUGGUCUCUUGU